AUUCGGUGACAGAUGACAGGCUAGGUGGUGACGCAAGGCGAGGCCGUGACGUCAGAGGCAGAUGGAUGUUGCGCGGGAAAGGGAACAACCGUCUCUUCUUUUCCUCAGCUGCGCAGGAUCACCAUCACCGCGUCUGCCGUGUGUGCUGCAGCCUCACGCCUCUCUGGGCGCGCGAUGAGCACCGCCGCCACCACGAGAACACGGACGCACGGGCUGAUGUGGUAGAGGAGUCAGCGGUGAUGGCGGCUGGUGGCGGCGGCGUGGAGUGUGGCGGCGGCGGCGGCGUCGGUGGUGGUGGAGGUGGAGGGGGCCGCCGCCGCCGCCAUCAUGGGGAACAAAGGAGUGGCGUCCCAACGGUCGUAGAGGACAGAAUGGAGGCCGCUCACCCUUCCCCAGACCCUGCGCCUCCCCGCCUGGCUGCCUUAAGAGGCCUCGUACCCAAAGUACUGAUUGGUCAUCAACCAGUCACUGCACUGGAGAAAGUGGCUGACUCCUGGCUGCUGUCCUGCCCUUCAAAUAGUACCUUUGGGGAAGAAUGUGAACUGGUUGCCACCCUGUUGUACACCACCCUUACUUUCCCCAGUGGCUCCACCCUGCUGCUGCCCCAGGACCUUGUCUUCACUUUCAUAGAACGAUGGGUGGAAGAUGGGGGCAGGAUGGAGUUUUCUGAACUGAUUAACCUCCUGAAGCUAGAAUGGAAAUGUGGUGCUGCUCAAGUGUUGUUCUUGUUGUGUGCCAACUUGAUGCCUGAUGACUGGGGCCAGCCAGUAUUACAGGCUGAUGUCAGUGCCUGGACAUGGGAGUGGCUGCCUAAUGUGGCUCCCCCUCCUUGGCUGUUGGAUGUUUUAGGCUCCAGUGAGGACUUAAUAGAAUUUAUCACUCUCCUGAGGGUGUCUGCUUUGUUGCUUCAGGGUGCACCUAUCUCACAAAAAGAGUGGAAGGACUCCUACCUUGGAACACUGACUAGGUUCCUCUGUGCUGUAAGUCAGUACCAGCAAGGUGAUUACAGUCGCAGCUUGGACACGCUGCACAACAUAAGCUACAUAGCCUGUGAGAGGAGAAUGCAAGCAUGGGUUUUGCACCUUGGAGGACUGGGCUUGGCCAACUUAGGGAAGCCUCACACUGCAUUAAUGAAGCUCCAGGAUGCUGUGGAGAGAAGCCCAGCCAGUCUCCCUGCUCUUUACAACAUAGCACAAGUGUUCCAGAGUCUGGGCGAGCAAAGGGCAGAACUAGAGGUGCUGGAUUUGCUGGUGAAGAGUGGGAGAGGAAAGCCAGAAGGACCACAAGUAAGUCUUCAUUUCUCCUUGCUAGCACUCCACCACACCCCUCCUGGGAACCUCAUCAGCAGAGCCCAGUACUACUUGUCCUGCAGGCUUUUUCAAGAAAAAAAAUAUUUGGAAGCUGCAGAGAACCUCAAGUCACUGCUAGAUGAGAAGGCACCUGACAACAGAUACCAUAUCCCAACUCCCAGGUCACUGUUGAGGCCCAAGGACACUCUGCCGACUCUGCCAACCUACAGUGUGCUGCUGGUGCUGGCAGCCAUGGCUCAUAUGUCCAUUGCUUCUCAUCAGCAUGCUCUCAGAAUUCUUAGCCAUCAGUUUACAACAAAAGCCAUUGGUGGAUCCACCUUCUACCAUGACUGUCCUGAAGAUAGAAUGAAGGUUGUCGUGUCAGCCGCAGGGCAGGUAUUGCAUGCACAAGCACUGAAGGCAUUGGGUCAGGAGACAGAAGCUUUCAAGGAGUUCAUAAGGCUGGAGCAGGCACUGUGGUGGGUGAGAGGUGUAGGUGACAGUGGUGGGGAUUCACCAGAGAAGUGGGAGACUGUUAUGCUGCAGAUAAAGACUCUUGUAUACAAGAUAUUGUCAGAGAUACACAAAGUCAGAGGCAGCUCCCAGAACUACCACCAUUACACAAGACUUGCUAAGCAGUGCCUUGAUGUUCUUCACAAACUCCAAGAUAUUGUCAGUGGGCAAGAUUUAUGUCCUGACCAGCUUGCAGUGGAUGUUAUUUAUGAAUAUUUCAAGAACUUCUUAGAUGGUGAUCUUACAGGUAAAAUAAAGUAAUAUUUGGUCCAUUGAUAAAUCAUCUACUUUUCUCCUUACCUAGUUGUGAUAUAUAUUGUUUACACAUAGGGAAGCAGCUAUGCUUACACUUACUAUUCUGCAUUCAUUUCUACCAUUAGUUGUUAAGUUCUUUUAUAAUCCUUCUAUGGAUCACUUUUGCAUCUAGAUUGUUUCAGACUUGCAUGAUUCUUUGUGAAAUGUGCUUGACUAUCAGAGGCAGACUAAAGGGAACUUUCUUUGGGCAACUUUGAGUGAUCCUAGAUUUAAUAUCAAGUUUUGCAUGUUAUAACUGAGACAGGUUGUUUAUAUGUGACUUCUAUGAUGUGAACAUUAGGCAUUGCCUAUAUGUCUCAUAACUAUACUGUGCUGCAUAAGUAAAAUAUUGCAUGUAUUGAAGUCUUUUCUAUAUAUAUAUAUAUAUAUAUAUAUAUAUAUAUAUAUAUAUAUAUAUAUAUAUAUAUAUAUAUAUAUAUAUAUAUAUAUAUACACCAGAUGCCCCACCAGGACAGCAGUCAGCUGCCAUAUUGUGAGGCUUUGUAUAUAUAUUGUUGAAGGCAGCUUCCAGGAAUUAUUGAUUAUACAAAAAAAUCAUCACUUGUAAGAUUGUCUCUCUGUGGGUGAUCUACUGUCAGUUUAUUUGUACUUUGUGUUCUGUUUGUCCAAGCUAAUGUCUAGCUAAGGAGGCCUACUCUGGAUUGGUUACAUCUGUCUGGGUGAAGCACAGUGCUAGAUAAAAUAGACUUUAUUGUAUAUUAAUUUCCUUCUCAAUGACAUUUUAAAGAAAAAUCAUGUUGCUAUUGUUAUGAACUAUUGUCUGUUUCCUAUUUUAGCCUUUGGUUACUCUGCAAGAUAAUAUCUUUCAUGUUUUUUAUGUUCAUAAUUUUUAUCCUAUUCAGUUGUUGCAUUCCAUUUAUAUUCACAGCAAGUAUUUGCAUUAAUUUUUAAUUUCUCUGGCAUUUCUCUACUACUAUUACUUGUUUACAAAAUACAAUUUUGAGAUUUAUAUUUAAAUAUUGCACAUUUGUGAAAAUAUUUUUAUAAAUGAAGUAUUGAAAAAUGUUCCUCAGUGAUUAAGAAAAUUUUAUUAUUAUUUUUAAAGCUAAGAAAAUCAUAUUUAUUUUUAGAUUUUUGUAGAUUGGUAUUCAGUUCUUGAUUGUUCAGGUGUGUGAUUUUGUAAUCAGUAUUGGGUAUAAAAUGAAAAUCUUAUGUAUUAAAAGAGCAAUGUUUUUUUCUUUUGUACAUUAUAACAAUUAUCAAAAUCAACAGCCUGGUUUGUGUGCAUCAGGAUCCCAGCUCAGGCCAACACAGUCAUUCAUUGCUGUGCAUUGCCUAGGGGAGUGCUGCAGCACACUUAAACUCAUCAGGAUAUAAUUAUUAAUGAGGUAUAAUGGAAGCCAACUUUACAAGGGGGAACAAAAUGUGCACUAUUUGAUUAUUGUAAUGUAAUAUUGGUUACUGAUAGGAGUUUCAGGGGUCUGGUACCACACUAGUAGUUCAUAUUUACUGCAGCUAAGAAUGAACCAAGUUUGCCAUUGACAUUGUCUACAAUUGAUUUCAGAAUAAUUUUUUUCCAGGUGCAGAGUUAGGAAGUGUGAUGUCAAAGUAAAUGUUUAUAUGUUCUAGAGGCAAAGGAAAUCAUUAAAUUAACUCAUCUAU